UGUUGCCGCUCGAUACAACGACGGAGUAUGAAUUAUUAAUGAUAAAAUACUUAACAAAUGUGAAAAACAUUCGCAUCACUGAACUCUUCACCAACAAAGUAGCAAAUCAUAUACUGUAAUUUCAUUUAACAGAUUAAGUGGAUAUUUGACCUUUAAUGACUUUUUAAACAACUGUAAUAUGAAUACGAUUUUUUUUACUGUGAUCGCCUAAUUUGAAGAUCCUGUGAUUAUAGUGAAAUAAAUAGGUGAAGGAAAAAAAACGUAUGGAACGCUAUCUUUUUAUGUGACAACGAUAUUUGAACCUUCUCGAUUAAAAGACGAUAGGCCAUUAUGGUUGUAAAUAUACCUGGUGUGAUUGGUAUUGUUGUUUUCUACAUCAUCAUUGUGAUAAUUGGUUUAUGGGCGGGAAGGAAGAACAAAAAGGGGGAUACAAAUGAUUUAUUGGUAGCUGGCAGGAGUCUUGGUAUGUUUGUGGCCACAUUAACAACUGCAGCUACUAUGGUUGGAGGGGCAUACAUCAAUGGUACAGCAGAAUCAAUUGGUAGAGAUGGACUUCUAUGGACCAUUGGACCAGUCGGAUAUAAUAUUUCAUUAGUUUUAGCUGCAAAAAUAUACGUGCCAAAAGUAAGAAAAGCAGAAUAUACAACUAUAUUUGACCCCAUACAAGAAAAAUAUGGGAAUCGGACUGGUGGACUACUAUUCAUUCCGGAAUUGUUAGGAGAUUUGUUCUGGGAAGCUGCCAUCUUCAAUGCAUUAGGAGCAACCGUUUCGAUUAUACUUGGACUUGAAAUGUCGAUUGCCAUUAUAGUUUCAGCAGUUAUAGUUAUUGUCUAUACAUUCUUUGGUGGUUUAUACUCUGUAGCUUACACAGACGUUAUACAGAUGUUCUUCAUUAUCAUAGGACUAGUAAUUGCACUACCGUUUGCCGUGACUAACCCCGCGGUUGAUUUCAGUAGAAUAAGUAAUACAUGGCUGGGGGAAGUAAAUAGUAACCAGAUUGGGAUAUAUAUUGAUACAUUCCUUUUAACACUUGGGGGAUGUCUGACGUGGCAGGCGUUUUACCAACGAAUUCUAGCAUGUAAAUCUGUAACCAUUGCUCAGAAUUCUGCGUUAUUGGGAGCUUUUAUUUCAUUUCUGAUGUCGAUACCACCUGCUGCUAUUGGUGUUAUUGGUGCUGCUACUGAUUGGAACAUGACUGCGUAUCCACAAAAUUCCACAUUAUCUUACGAAGAUUGGGCAUUUAUAUUACCGAUGGUUAUGGAAUAUUUAUGUCCAUUAACAGUCUCGGUCAUAGGAUUCGGAGCAAUCAGUGCUGCAGUUAUGUCGUCUGCAGAUUCCAUUGUCCUGGCAACAGGCUCUGUAUUCAGUAGAAAUAUUUACCAAAACUGCUUUAGACCUCAGGCAUCUGACAGAGAACUUACAUGGGUUCUUCGUUUUACUAUAGUUGUUGUGGGGACUCUUGGUGCUGUCAUUGCUAUAUCUGCCAACAGUAUUUAUGGACUGUAUAUAUUGUGCGCUGAUGCUAUGUAUGUUGUUCAGUUUCCUGUUUUAACAUGUGCAUUGUGGGUACCGUUCGCGAAUACAUAUGGAGCAAUCAGUGGACUUGUUGUAGGAACCACACUACGUGUAUUAGGAGGUGAACCAGUGUUGUCAUUUCCGGCUAUAAUUAAGUAUCCUGGGUAUAAUGAUACGUUAGGACAGAUAUUUCCCUUCAAAACCUUUGCAAUGUUGUCGUGUACAUUUUCACUUCUUUCUAUCUCAUAUUUGACAGAAUAUUUGUUCACAAAAAGAAAACUUUCAAAAAAGUUUGAUAUCUUCAACUGUUAUGGACCUACAUCGAGCCAAUGUGAAAAUGAUGGAAGCGAUAUUUCAAUGACUGUUAAAGCUGCAGAUGACGUCAAAAAUGAAACGGACAAAUUUUUGAACAAUUGAUAUUUUAACAAAGAUCUAUGA